AUGGUACAAAACUUGUGUGGGAAAAACUAUUCAUCUACAUCGCGUGGAAACUUAACUGCAUCACAGAUGUAUCUGGUAAUCUUCCUCGUGGUUGGUUUCUUGACCGGAGGUAGUUUUGAAAAAGUAUUUGAAAACAUUAAUGUAAAGGAACUUUUUGUGAACAGACUUUUAGAUAAAUAUGGUUCCGAAGGAGCUAUUUCAGAGGAAGGGUUUUACAAACUUGGCAGUAUUCUUGGCUUAGAUCCAACUUACGGUGUUUGUAAUUCCACAACGGAUACAUGCUUGCGCCAGUGUUUAGGAUACGCAGACAUCUUCAAGCAGUUCUCAACAAAUUCAAGCUUAAACAGCAGUGGUUUAACCAAUUGUCUUCCCGCCAUUGUCUACUCGGCACAGGAUCCCUACUGUCACCAUGGGGACGAGAAAGAGAUUGUAACCAAACCGAGCUCAGCCGAAGCAUGGAGCUAUGGCAUCGGAUCAGCGUCCAUCAUUGUUUUCAUCUCGAACAUUGGAUUGUUAUUUAAACCAUGUAUGCAGUCACGGGGCUUUCAGAGAAUCAUGUAUUUCUGUGUGGCAUUGGCUGUGGGAACUCUUGGAGGUACAGGGAUCCUCGUUCUCAUACCUGAGUCCUUGGGAAUGACGGGUGACGAUAAUCCCAUCCCCGACUACAAGUGGAAACUAACGAUGUCCAUAGUCGGCGUCUACGUCUUCUUCGUAUUGGAAAGAUCCAUCAACAUUGCUUCAAAUAGGAGAGGGAAAAAUGACGUUGAAAAAGCAGUUGAAACAACUGAGCAAGUUUUCUUUCAAAAUGCCGAUUCCCAUGGACACUCACAUGUUCGUGUAGAAGGGGGCGUGGCUACCGUAGCAUGGACCCUUCUACUGGGUGACGCCCUCCAUAAUUUCUCGGACGGUCUUGCCAUGGGAGCCGCAUACACGGAAAGUGUAGCAGUUGGAAUCAGCGUUUCCCUAGCGAUACUUAGCGAGGAACUUCCACAUGAGUUAGGGGAUAUAGCCAUUUUGUUACACAGCGGGAUGACAAUCAAGCGAGCGCUCCUUCUGAACUUUCUGGCGGCGGUGACAAUAUACUUUGGACUGGUGAUCGGGAUCGUUGUGGGCGAGAACACAGAUGCCAACACAUAUGUCUUCGCUUUUUCUGGGGGAUUAUUUAUUUAUAUUGCUCUAGCUGAUAUGAUUCCAGAAAUGAAUAAGCAGGCGACAUUUGCGGCCAAGGCAGGGCAUGAUGGUGCUAUGACCGUGUUUUUCCAUCAAAACAUUGGCCUCCUCCUGGGAUUCACAAUAGUUAUAUUACUUGCUGCAUAUGGUUCUAUUAUUUCUUAAUAGCACCAGACUUGUUCUAUGGCAGAACCAAAUAGCGGGCUAAUUCCGGUUUGUUGUAUUUGUGAAGGGUUCCAAUGCGUCGUAUCAAGUAAUAUGAAUGGGGAGUUUUUGUUGGUUUACUGUAAAUCACUUAUAUUUCGCGUGGGAUUUAUUUUCGCGUUAAUACGUGAGGAGAGUCAAUCGCGAAUUCAAAUAACAACUUUGUAUGGCGGUCAAGCUAUAUGUUACCGAUACUGGAGUCUUGCGGAGAUCACGACUCUAAUACUAAUAGCUAAGCGUUCGCGAAAUCAUGAAUUCGUCAAUCUAAUUAAAAUCUAGAUGGUCAUUAUCACUACGUUACAUGGACAUCUAACAACAUCCAUGGUCAUGCAGCCGAUAAACACUGACCGCGGCCUUCACCUUUGGUACAAAAUCUGCACGCGUACGGUCGAUCAAAUUUUCCUGAACUGUUUAUUGUUUCAUAUUGUUAAAUUGUAAAACAAUAUAAACGGAUUUUAAGAUAAAUAAUAUGAGUACAAUAUAUACAUUUUUUUAUUCUUAUAAUGUAUGUAUCGUUUUCGAAGAAUAUUAUGCUGUCAUUGUAGCCUACGUACGACUCCUGUGUGUAAAUCGCGUGUCUAUGUCAAAGAUAAUUCAACGGAUGGAGUUUGUUUUGAUCUGUAACUGUGCACAAUAUUGUUUAUUAGAUAAAGGAAUAAUUGUUAUCAUGUAAUUAAUUAAUUUCUUUGUUAUUAUUUAUUGCUUAUUUUCGACUAUGUUAUCAAGCACUUGUUCUGCAUACAACCGAUGGUAGUCGGGUAUUUUGUCUCCGUAUACAAACGGACACGGAUAAGUCGAACCAUCGGAUAAGUCGAAUAUUUUGCUUGGUCCCGUCGACUUCGACUUAUCCGAGUUUUACUGUAUUUCAAUAUAUGUUAUGAAUCUUACUUUCAUAUGAAUUAUUAUAUUAAAGAUACAGUAUGUUUAUCAUCAUAAACUCAGAAAUCAUGUAUUACAAUACAGUGAUAUUUGAUGAACAUUGGUAAAAAAUUAAAACUGAGAAUAAAGAAAUGACUACGGAAUGAAAGUUAUGUAUGGUCAGUUUUGGGAUACUUGAGACCUUUUUUAAACACAGAGUAAUUUCUAAAAUGCUAAAUCUUCGAGAAUACCGUAUGAUUUGAAUUUGAAGAAGGUUUUUUUUUUUUACCAUAUGUUCUUCUUCCAACAAAAGGUUAAUGACAUGCUGUGGUAUAAGAAAUCUAUAGAAUUUUGUCAAUUUUAUACGGUUGUGUAGGUUGAAUGCUUUGCAUAUUUUUAUUUAUAAUUACCACUUUUUAAUUUUUGUUAUUAUUAUUUGCAUUAGUGGAAAUGUUACCUUGUAGGUAGAAAGAGGGGCUUUUAGUUAGAAUUACAAUUUUGUUAUUGUAUCGGUAUUUUCUGUUGUUUUUGCAUCACUGCUUCUGCUAGAGAAGUUUUGUCCCCAAGCAAUCGCUCUUCACCCACUAAAGAUGAUAGCAUGUACGGCAAAAGAAACAUACAAAAUCAUACUGGAUGGGUCGGCGCCCAGUUUGGAAACGGCUCCCAUUGUGGACCAUAGAGAUAGUGGGUCAAUUAUUGGAAUAAAGAGUACAAAAUAUAAAAAUUCUGAAACUUUAUACAGACGUUAACCUUGUAAAAUCGGCCUUUCUGGUUUGUUUUUAAUAUUUCCAAAUGAGAAACCAGAAAUGUGUGUCCUGUGUGGGUUAAUAUAUGUUGAUGAAAACAGGUAUCCCAGUGAACCAUGCAAAUCUAUACAUGUAUAUUAAUAAUUCAUAUUUCCCCUCGUUUUAGCGGUU